AAGCAGGUCAUUUGUAACUCUAAUGAGAGCAGUCUCAGUACUAUGAUACGAUCUAAAUCCUGACUGGAAUUCCUCACAGAUAUCAUUUUUCUCUAGGAAGGAAUAUAAUUGUGAGGAUACUACCUUUUCUAGUAUCUUUGACAGAAAAGGGAGAUUUGAGAUCGGUCUGUAAUUAACUAGAUCUUUGGGGUCAAGUUGUGGUUUUUUAAUGAGAGGCUUAAUAACAGCCAAUUUGAAGGUUUUGGGGACAUAUCCUAAUGACAAUGAUGAAUUAAUAAUAGCCAAAAGAGGAUCUAUGACUUCUGGAAGCAGCUCUUUUAGUAGUUUAGAUGGAAUCGGGUCUAACAUACAUGUUGUUGGUUUAGAUGAUUUAACAAGUUUAUACAAUUCUUCCUCUCCCACAGUAGAGAAUGAAUGAAAUUGUUCCUCAGGGGAUCUAUAGUGUGCUAUACUGCGAUACUGUAGCUGACGGCUGCAAGGAUACAAUUUUAUCUCUGAUAGUAUCGAUCUUGGAAGUGAAGUAGUUCAUAAAGUCAUUACUGCUAUGCUCUUGGGAAAUGCCAACACCUGUUGAUGCUUGAUUUUUCGUUAAUUUAGUUAAUGUAUUGAAUAAAUACCGAGGGUUAUGUUUGUUUUCUUCUAGAAGAGACAAAAAGUAAUCAGAUCUAGCCGUUUUUAAUGCUUUUCUGUAGGAUAGGGUAUUCAUUUCAUUUCUCAGUUCUGCAAACAUGCAGUACACAUAAAAAAUGGUUACAAAUAUAUUUUGACAGUCACACGUUUGAAGGUGUACAACAUGUGCUACAAUUUACUGUACAUAUAGAAGAGUGAAAUUUCCAUCAUCUAAUGUACUGGUACUGUACUGUAAUUAUACUGAAUGUGUAAGUAUAAAACCCAUGUAUAUUAUUCGUUCAGCUCUCUCCGUUGUUAGGAUGAAGAGAUUCUGAUUGGUGUCAUCAGUUUUGCUGCCUAAUGUUUAACUUACUCAUUGUUAAACUUUUUGAGAAAUGUGUCUUUGUUUUGAGAACUGAAUUAAUGAUUUGGGAAAAUGGGCCGACUAAAAUCAGUUAUAUUAAAUUAACAAUCGAGAAAGCUGCAAUACAAGAGUCUUACCUAACUCUGCUAUUAGUUUUCGUGAUCGGACUCUUCUUAUUGAUUUCAUGUUAUGGCAGAAAAGCCUCUAUAUCCAUGAUGAAAGUGGAGCGAGCGGUCGGAGAAUCGAUCACCAAACAACGGGAUGAAUCUCAGACACAUCCGGACGGGAUUAGACUUCUCAGAGGACUUCUGAAUAAACCGAGAAGCAGCAUCUGAUUCACGAACAAAUGUAAAAAACAAUUCGUUAGUGAAUGGGCUGCGCUUUGUGUUUUUGACUCAAAAAGAACCGGUUCAUAAGAGUCAUUUGUUAAUGAAGCCGACUACGCUGGGCGCGCUGCGUGCGCGUGCAACCAUCCUGCAUCAUCGCGCGCUGUCAUCACCGCGGCUGAAAAGUAUCACAUGAAACACUGCUUACAUUUAAUUUUAUUCUGUGAUAAUUCUGGGGUGGCACAGCUUUUUCUUAGGGUGUCAGUUGCCACCCCGGUAGAUCCGCCCCUGGACAGCAGCAAACAUAAACGCUUUUGUUUCCACUAAAUCAACAGAACUGAACUGAUUCGAUGAAAACGGCAAUAUUUAAGCACAACAACAAAAAAGAACACGCAAAAAGCCGCAUUGACGCGCCCAUUUGCGCUCAAACGAAUCGGUUCAUUUGAACGAACUGUUCGAACAAACAGGGUUGUUAGAUACCAAAGACGGUAAUAAAACCGAAACACACAAAGAGAAUUUAUCUGCUCUUCCGAUCCAUCAAAGAAAGUAUGUGAUCUAGCUCCGUCUCGAUGCAAUAGGCUAUAUUUGUGUUUAAUGCAUUGCAUGUAUGUAGGCUAUAAAGUAAGAACUUAUGACAUGCGCUUUUGUUUUUGAAGGAUACAAUGUGUAUCUAACCGGUAGAUGAACAGAUCUUUCUUUUCUCUAGUUGGGCACGUGAACAGGUUGAAGAUGUCUAACUGCAUGCUGAACAUCACCACGGGCGUGCAGGACUUCCAGCUGGCCGCACUGAUUCCCACCUUCAUCCUCGGCCUCCCGGGAAACAUUUACGUCUUAGUGAUGUUCUGCCGCCGUCCCAGAACCGACUGGACCUACAUGAACAUCUACAUCACCAACAUGGCGAUCGCCGACUGCGUCGUGCUCGCGCUUCUUCCUGUACGCAUCGUGUCCUACAUCUGGGAAAGACUCUGGGACCAAAUCAAAGAGCUGUGUUACGUCCUCGUGUCGGUUUAUUACGUCAACAUGUUCGUGAGCAUCUUCACGGUCACCGCUAUAAGCGUCGUGCGCUACGUGGCCAUCAAGUAUCCGUUAAAAGCCCGGGAAAUUUUGAGUUGCAGAAACGCGCUGGUGGUUUGCGCGCUCAUUUGGCUGGUCACGUGCUCGUUCAGCGCCGCGUUCCAUCGCGUGGACGAACCGGAUAAAAACAGUACGAUUAAGUGCUUUCAGAAAAACAAAGAAGAGGAAUUACCGUUGGCCUUCAUUUUGGUUCUUAACAUCAUUGGGUUCCUCGUGCCGUUCCUCAUCAUGCUCUUCUGCUCCGUUCAAAUCAUUUUCAAAUUAAGGAAACAGUUGGAAAUCGGAUCUCGUUCUGAGAAGAGUCAGUGUAUGUUUAUCAUCGCAGCUAAUCUGAUCGUUUUCGUCGUAUGUUUCUUUCCCAUCCACUUCGGCUUUUUCUUCAAGUACAUCACGCAGGCUUAUAAGCACUCAUGCAGCGCCCAGUUUUUCGCGCAUAAUUUCGUUCACGGCGCGAUGUGCGUGUCCAGCAUGAACUGCGCGCUCGACUGCUUCAGUUAUUAUUUUGCCACCAGAACAUCGUGGAAACUGUGCAGCUCGAAACAAAGUACAAAGGAAGAAUAUGAGUGUAAUUAUAACAGGGUCGCACAAUGACUUCUGGGAAACUUGUGAUAUUAAAACGUUUUUAAAUGUUGUGAUACUUCGUAAUGUAUAGAUUUUAUUUUGUCAACUGUGUAAGUGGUUUAUGGAACAGCAAAUUAGUUGUUAAAAUCUUACAUUUUAUUUCUAUACAUAACUUUGUAUAAAAUACAUCGUAUUUUUUUACAUUAAUGCUUCAGUGCAUAUGUGUGUGUGUGUACUGUACAUUUUAUAUAACUGAUAAUUGUGACAUUUUCACUACAUAUGCAGGUUAGGUAAUUUUUACAAUAUUUGUAUAUUUCAUUGUCAGUCAACUUAAUAAUAAUAAUAGUUAUAGUUUUAUUUUUGGAGCGCCUUUCAAGAACAAAAUAAUACAAGCAAUUGGCAAACAAACAAUCAGAGAGCGCGUUCAGAAAAACAGGUGUUGACAACAAAGAACUACAGUUAAUUAACAACAAGAGGUCAAGCAAUCAUAUGAUGAACGUCAAUUAUGUCAAGAAGGUGGUCAUAUGAGAGACAGAAGUUGAGAAAUUGAGAAGCAGAGAGGUAAAUGAGUUAUUUAGAGAACAAAGUGAAUAGAUGAGUUUUAAGUUGAGACUUAAAUGUCUGGAGAGAGGAGGCAGUACGAAUAUUAUCGGGCAGCUUAUGCCAUUGCUUAUAAUACAGAAUAAUACCACCCACCGCAGAGAGUUUAUACUUGGGCACAACAAGCAGGUUAGCAUUGCUAGAUCUGAGAGUCCACGCAGAAUGUAUGGUUGCACUAACUCAGUGCAAUUGAGGUGCGAGGCUGUGACAGGCCUUAUAAACUAAAACUAAGAGUUUGAACUGAAUACAUUUGGCCACAGGAAGCCAGUGAAGUUGGUGAAGGAUGGGAGUGAUAUGUGCAGAUUUUUUUAUUAAAUGUAAGGGCUCGAGCAGCAGAGUUUUGUACAAUUUGGAGGUGAUUAAUAACUUUGGCAGGUAAGCCGCUAUAUAAGGAGUUACAGUAAUCCAAUCUGGAGGUUAUAAAAGCAUGGAUAAUAGUUUCAGCAUCUCCAUAAUUAAGUGAGGGACGCAUACGAACAAUAUUCUGCAAUUGGUAAAAGCAUGAUUUAACAAUCUGACCAAUAUGUGAAUCAAAGCAUAACACAGAGUCAAACACUCCCAGAUUUCGCACAGUUGUUGAGGGCCUAAUCUGGACACCAUUGAUAUCUAUGAAGAUGUCAUGCUGGGAGAAGCUCUGUGAUUUAGGGCCAACCAGCAGGAUUUCAGUUUUGUCUGCAUUUAGUUGUAAAAAGUUAUCUGACAUCCAGGUUUUAAGUUCUUGAAGACAGGAAACAAUAGAAAGGGGUGGACAAACUGAGUUGGGUUGAACCGUAAAAUAGAUUUGAAUAUCAUCAGCAUAACUAUGAAAAUUGAGACCAUGACGUCUGAUGAUCUGAACCAGUGGCAGCACGUAAAUGAGAAAUAAAAGUGGACCAAGUACAGAACCUUGGAGGACACCAUGGGAAAUAGUGACAGUGCAAGAUCUAUUCUUAUCUAUCCUAACGAAUUGCUAAGGGAUGGAAACCAGAUUGAAACUGUUUCUCUAAAUGAGACUGCAGUUGUGCUGCAACUACCUUCUCAAGUAUUUUAGCAACAAAUGGGAGGUUUGAUAUUGGUCUAAAAUUGUUCAGGUCUGUGUUAUCAAGACGAGGCUUUUGACACAGUGGAUCAUGAAAUAUUGCUGCAUAGAUUGAAGAGUGUUGGUUUAUCAAGUGAUGUUAUUCCCUGGUUUAAAAACUAUUUAACUGGAAGAACUCAGUGUGUACAAGCUGAGGGUAAACUAUCCGAUUCUUCAGUGAUUGCCAAAGCUGUUCCCCAAGGAUCUGAGUCCCCUUUUAUUUACCAUUUAUAUAAACAGUCUUUAUUACGACAUUCAGGAUGCCAACUUUCAUUUCUAUGCAGAUGACUCUGUCAUGUAUUGUAGUGCUUCUUCUGGACAACAAGCCGUUUAUAAGCUCCAUUCAGCCUUUGAUGUCAUUCAAUCACGAAUUUACAGUCUAAAACUUGUUCUGAAUGUUGAUAAAACCAAGUAUAUGUUGUUCUCAGGUUAAAAAAAAUUUGAUAAUAAUUUAUCCUCUCUUCAGACAGUACAAGGUACCGUGAUCGAAUUAGUAAAAGAGUACAAAUAUCUUGGCAUUAUUGUUGACAACGUCCUAUCUUUUAGCUCUCACAUUACUCAACUGAAGAAAAAAUUGAAAAUUAAGCUUGGGUUUUAUUUUAGGAACAAGUUUUGUUUUUCAUUCAAUGUACGAAAGAAAUUGGUUACUGCUACUUUUCUACCUGUGCUUGACUAUGGUGAUGUAGUGUAUCAGUUCGCACCAUCAUAUCUUCUAUCCUCUUUAGAUGCCAUUUAUCAUGGUGCUUUAAGAUUUAUAUCAGAUUGUAAACCCUCAACUCAUCACUGUAUAUUGUAUAACAGAGUAGGUUGGUCUUCUUUGCUUAUCAGAAGAAAAAUGCACUGGUAUUUAAUUAUUUAUAAAGCCAUUUUGGGGAUGUUGCCCUCAUAUCUCUGCUGUCUCAUAAAACAGAAAAUUGUUGAGAAAUACUUCCUUCGCUCACAAAAUUGUUAUACUCUUUCUGUUCCUUUUGUUCGAUCUGAAUUAGGUAAAAAGGCUUUUAUGUAUGCAGCGCCGACAGACUGCUUCUGCAUCUUCUGCAAACGAAACUGAAAUGACAAAAUUAGCUGUUUUUGGAUCAUUUUAAAAGUUAUUCGGCAAAUGGAAAUUGACUCAACGAUAUGUAACUGUUUUAAGUGUUUUUAGUCUGUUUGUGUUUUGUGAUAUUUUGUGAUGAAACUGAUAUAUUGCUGCCAAUUUUGGCCAGGAUACUCCUGCGAAAGAGAUUUUUAAUCUCAGAGAGUCUCUUCUGGUUAAAUAAAAAUAAAAUAACCAGUGGCAAGGGAUCUGUUUAUAAUAUGACUAAUAGGUUGGAUGAGUGAAGGCAAAAGGGUUUUGAGUAAGUAUGUUGGAAUAGGAUCAAGUGUGCAGGAGGCAGAGUUAGAUUUGAUAAUCAGUUGUUCGACCGUAGAUAUAUUCGACAUGGAGAAAGGUGGGGAGAGACAGAUGGAGAAAAGUCUUGGUAAAUGUUAUCAAUUUUACGUAGGAAAAAAGACAAAGCUUUCACAAAGAUCAACAGAGCCAUUAAUAGCUACGGAUGAUGGUUUAACAAGUUUGUUGAUCUCAGAGAAAAGAGCUUUACAGAUAGGUAGAGCGUGCGGUGUUAAGUGCUUUCCUUUUGAUUUCUGCAAACAUUAAUAAUUAUAUAUAAUUUUUAUAUGUGCCUGUGUGUGUGUGUGUUCGUCAUUUAAAAAAUGUUAACGAGUUUAAAAUUAAACAUUAUAUUAAGUAAAUACUUGUUUCAGUAGUUUAUAUACAUUAAAUAUAAAAAUAUAGAUAUAAAAUGUCAACAUAGAUUGUGUUAAGCAUUAGUGUAACAUCUGACAAUGGUAUUCAAUAUAGAUUUGGAUAUUUUUAUGAACGUAAGUGAUUAACUCCAUAAUUGUGUAAUUUCAAAUACAUAUGCUGUUUACGUUUUAAAUGAUUAUGACAAAUUAAAUGAAAAAAAGGAAAACCAAGAACUGUUUUUUUUUUAAAUAUAAAUCUAGACAGACUGAUUGCAAAAAAUUACUGCCAAAAAUGUUAUUCCAAGAUUUAAUUUUUGCAUGUUUACAGAAACUGCAAACUGGCAAACUGUAAGUCAGGGUAUUUUUGUGUGCACUUUUUUACAUUAAUAUUUUAAAAGCUUUACUGCUGUAUUUCUGUAUGUAUUUUAUGUUGAGUGGGCGAUGUAGAGAAAUGUGUCUGUGUGCUGAAUAUACAUGUAUCAUUCCUCAUCUGAGGGUGUUUUGUAACUGAUCGCCAUCUAUUGGACGGACAGAAUCAUAACUCCUAACCAGUAAUGGCAGUAUUAAAUCAUGCUGCACUAAUAAUCCUGUGUGAGAAAUAAAUCAUCUACAAAA